GUUUCGAGGUCUUAAGCCAGUUGGGUUCUCGAGACGGCCACUAAUUGACUUUUUACGUUGCCGCCGCGAACACUGGACUGAUUCUUCGGACGGACGAACGUAUCGCAAGACAUGUAACUUAAAGAAAGUGAGUAAUUGGCCGCUGUUUAAAUUAAUUACGAGUAACCAGUGAGGCGUGAAAAAGUUUUGGUUCGAUCGGGGAUUUAUUGUGUUCGUGCCAGUGACUAUGAUUGAUUUAGUUUGUUUCUUGGGCUGAUUAAUUUAUUUAAAAUGUACGAAAAGACUACGGGGUUGAUUCUAGCAAUGGCCACCGGAUUAGCUGUUUUAGGUAUUGUUGGCGCGUUGACCAUCGACAAUCAAUUGACCAUUAUCAAAAAUGAUUGCUAUGAACGAAUGGCAAUUGGUCAAAGACUGAACCCACAGAACGUGUACAAGACGUUCGAUUUAAAUACAGUUAGUGAUUGUCAAAUGUCUUGUACAAAAGAGAAGGACAUCUGUAAAGCUUUUAGUUUUGGAAUCGGACCGAAAGGCAAUGCAACCUGCGAGUUAAGUACAGAACUGGUUAAAGAAACUAUCGACUUAAAACCCAUCGGAACCGUGGCGGACACAGACUUUGAUCUCUAUAUUAAAAAAUUAGGUUGUAAGUUAGUUAUAGAUAAGUCACCUCCGUUCGCUUCGUCGCAUCCGAAUAAACCACAAAGACCCGAUGAAACUAGUUACUCGAAACCAACUGGAGAAGAUGUCGAUAAGCCACAGUAUGGAGAUAAACCUCGAGAUCCCUAUGGUAAACCUUCAAACGGGUACAACUAUGAAAAACCCAUAGACAACAGACCACCAUAUGAUGAAAAGGCUAAGCCUUCUUACGACUAUGAAUCCGGACACGUGCAUACCUUAGUUAGUAUAGCCCAUGGGCCAAACACGCAUUUGGACUCAGUGCACGGUAUAAUUGUAAGCGACGAUUCAAACAAACCUAAUGGAUAUGAGGAUAGUAACAGACCUCCAUUCAGACCAUCUUCUUUAUCUCAUCCUUAUGAUGAUUUAAGACCUGAGGGAUCCAACGCAGGAUACGGUUCAAGACCUGAUCCAGAUAGGUACGAUAAUAAACCCACAAGUCUGGUGAAUUUUAGUUACAAGGAUAAGCCUAGACCUGGUGGUUAUGGUAAUGGUCCAAAUGGUUAUGAUGAGAGACCAGAUUAUGAAAGACCUCGUCCACAAAACGAGUAUGACAGGCCAUCCAGACCAUUGAGCAGGCCUGAUUAUGGUAAUAGGUAUCCUAUCGACUACAUAGGACCUGGUAGGCCAGAUGAUGAAAGACCUGACUACGAUAGGCCCUCAAGACCAUCAAAUGGUUAUGACAAACCUUCUAGACCAAUAGAUGAUAGACCUGAUUAUGGCAGACCUCCUAGACCAUUACCAGAUGAUUUAAGACCAUCAAGUGGUUAUGACAAACCUUCUAGACCAAUAGACGAUAGACCUGAUUAUGGCAGACCUCCUAGACCACUACCAGAUGAUUUAAGACCAUCAAGUGGUUAUGACAAACCUUCUAGACCAAUAGACGAUAGACCUGAUUAUGGCAGACCUCCUAGACCACUACCAGAUGAUUUAAGACCAUCAGUUGGAUAUGACAUGCCUUCAAGACCUUUAAAUGACAGACCUGAUUAUGACCGACCUUCUAGGCCUCCCAUAGAUGACAUAAGACCAUCAAGUGGUUAUGAUAAACCACCUAGGCCUACUGAGAAUAGGCCAGAUUACGAUAGACCUUCCAGACCGCCAAGUGAUUAUGACAGACCUUCCAGUCCAUUGGAUAAUAGGCCAGACUAUGGAAGGCCUGGCCCUGAUGACUAUCACAGACCAUCUAGACCAAGACCUGAUUCAUAUGACAGGCCAGAUGCUUAUCCAAAUAGACCGGGUCCCCGACCUCCUUUGGAUUCUUAUGACAGCCGACCGAUGCGUCCCACUUAUGAUAGAUAUGGUGAUAGGCCGAGCAAUAGUUUGUAUGAUGAAAGACCUUCAAGGCCAUUUGAUUAUGACAGGGAUAUUGAUCGAUAUGACUCCAGACCUUCAGGACCUAACAGAUAUGAUGACCAUCCACCGCCACCGUUUAGACCAGUACCCGAUGAUUAUUUUAGACCUCUAUUACCCUACGAACCUCAUCCUAUUAGACCAUUGCCCAAUAGAUACGGAUCGUUAAUACCUCACCCGGAUGACUAUACGAAGAGGCCCAACGACUACAUGUACAACAAGCCUGACAAUAACGGGCUUGCACCAAGACCCAUCUACAAACCAUCUAAAGGAGACAAAAUGGACACCUAUGGGGAUAAACCGGCCACAAAUUCGUCAAACUACGGAAGCACCACAGAAAAAAAUUUGAAGGAUUACGAAGGUUCAAAGAACAAGGAUGACAAAAACGGCAAUAAGAAAGGCGAGUCCGGAUACGGUGGAAAUAAAUCCAUUGUAUCACAAAGUGUCGGGUACAAUGGAGAAAAAAUUACGUCUAUUAUCACGGAAAUACCGAACACUUGUUUCAGGAGGGUGUUGGCCGGCAAACGUGUGGCCAGGGGAUACGUGAAACGUGCGUUGAGCUGCGAGUCGGCCGAACAAUGUCAAAGAGAGUGUGCGGACGAAAAACGAUUCAUCUGCGAGGGCUUCAAUUACCGAUUGGACCCAAGAGGUCGUGGUAAAGGCGACUGUGAACUGUUAGAUCUUCCCUUGUCGAGACUAGACUUGGGCCGGGAUAUUUACCCAGAUGCCGAUUAUGAUUAUUACGAAAAAGACAGAAACGCUGCCGCAGUUAAUUGUAAGCAAUACAGACCUGGAAGUUACUACUCUUACGGGGGCGGUGGUUACAAGGGUGGAUACGGUGGAGGCUACGGUGGAAGUUACGGAGGAGGCUAUGGAGGAAGUUAUGGUGGGGGGUAUUCGUCUGGGGGAGGAUACUCAUCUGGUGGAGGAUAUUCCUCAGGUGGUGAUUACUAUUCGGACAGAAGGUACGAUAGUAAACGACCAGAUGAUUAUGGUUUAAGACGACCUGGCGAAAGAUGGCCGGAUGAUUACAAGUAUGGAAGCAGAAGACCCAGGCCGGAAUUUGAUAGGAGAUACGAUGAUGGAUACAGGCCUUCAGGCAACAGACGUGGAGACUAUUCAUAUCACCAAUCACAUCAUUCCCAACACAACUACGAAAACAGUCAUAAUUACCAUUACUAUUACAGUGAUAGGGAUAGUUAUCAGGAUAAUCAUCAUUACUCGGGCAUUAAUUAUUUGCCCGCCACUCAUUAUCAUAGACCGCACUAUGACACUUCUUAUGAUUACAAACCGCACAAACCUCCAUACAGGUAUGACAGACCUAAAUAUGUCGGAGAUAAAUAUUUACCCGAGAGUCAUCGUGAUAGAGAUUAUUGGGGAUUCGAUAAAAAUACAUGGGGCUCCUAUGGCGGAUUGUAUGGAAACUUUGGCGACUACGAUUAUCACAAGUUUUAUAACAAAAAUCGAUAUGAUAUUGAUAGAAGGAACUACUAUUUACCUCCGAAACCCGAGAAACCAAAAGAUUGGGGUCAAUACGGCGGCACAUAUGGUAAUGGUGGUCAUCUCCAGUAUCAUGGAUACGGAAACGGUCAAAGAUUUGAUUACUGGGGAUUCAAUAAAUAUGAAGAGAAACACAACGGACACAAUGAGUAUCAUUUUUACGUGGAUCUGCCGCCAAAAGGGGACAGUUACUUACCUGAACCUAAUCCUGGAAGUUACUUGCCAAGACCAAGUUCGGGAAGUUAUUUACCGAGACCCGAUUCAGGCAGUUAUUUGCCAAGGCCCAGUUCAAGUAGUUACACACCAAUACCAAGUUCUGUAGGUUAUCCAUCAAGACCUAGCUCGGGAAGUUAUUUGCCCGGUCCCAGCUUACCUAGUUAUUUGCCAAAACCGUUUAAACCUAGUUACGGAAUUUCUCCCACCAUCGACAACUAUGAAAAUUCAAUUUUGCCAGCCGAACCGCGGUUUCCUACGUAUGAUUUUUUGAGGGAUGAAUGUUCUCUGCGAAGUGCAACAGGAUUUCGUCUUCACAAAUCAGUAGUAAGAAGAUUCUUUUUAGUGCCAAGCAUCUACGAAUGUGAAUUGUUGUGCUUUAAGGAAAAAGAUUUUCCAUGCAGAUCAUAUGCUUACAGGUACACUACUAUUUUAAAUGCUCCAACUGAUAACUGUUUCCUAAGUCCUAAAAACUACAAGGAGUUAGACUAUUACACAGAUUUGGAACCAGAUCGUGAUUUUGAUAUUUAUACGAUGAAUAAUGAGAAGAGAUGCCAACAACCUGUAAUAUUAGGCAAAGAUGAGAGUGAAUGUUUCUGGAGAGUAAGAAGUGGCCAAAGAUUAGACCAUAAAGUAGUACGCGAUUCCUUAACAGUUAAUUCUAUAGUAGACUGUCAAUUAGAAUGUCUUAAUAGCCUUAGGUUUACUUGUCGAGCUUACAGUUUCAGAUAUGGAUCUCCAACAAUUGGUGGCUCUGUUGAUAAUUGUUUGCUCACGGAUUGGCCAUUCUAUGAGCUAGAUCCCAGGCAUCAUUUUAUUCCAGAGUACGGAUUUGAAGUGUACGAAAGGGGUAGUUAUGGGCAUGGCUGUGAACCAGAUCAUUUCGGAAUAAGAGGACGUCACAGGAAAGAUCCUACUAUUGAAAUUGAUCAAUUGUGCUAUGUUGGUUUUGGAUCACCUGCAAGAUUAUUGCCCCAAGCGGCAAGGAAAGCAUUAAACGUGCCAACAGAAUUGGAUUGUAAAAUAGAGUGUUCCAAAGCUAGAGAGGGAACAUUGUUUCAAUGCAUGUCGUUCAGUUUUAGAUCUGGUGACACAAGAGGUAGCCCUAAUUGCGAAUUGUCUGAUAUUUUACAAAGAGACUUGUUACCCAACGUUGACUACGUUCCAGAUCCUGAUUCUUGGUUAUUCGCAUGGGACAAUUUCAAUCCUGAAUGCUUCACCUUGGCACAAGAACAUGUUCACACUAACCACCUAGAAAAUAGAAGACAUGACAUUAAAUACAACGUUUUGGACACGUGGAGAGUUUACAGUGUCAGUGGUUGGCCAUGCAAGAAAGGUACAAAGUGCAAAGAAAAUAUUGAAGCAGGUUUUUGGUUUUGCGAAAUAGAAGGCGGACAUAACUCUUGGGAUUAUUGCUGCCAUCCGGACCACCAAUGUGGAUAUAGCCACGGAUAUCCAUACCAAUGGUGUUACGUUGGGCCAUCGAGGACGCAAUGGAGAAAAUGCAGCGACCGAUAUUACCCAUACUUUGAAAUACCCGUAGACAGAGUGGAUCCGUUUUAUCCAAAACCAUAUUUACCCAUAGGUCCGCCGAAGCACAAAGAUCCUUGGAUACCAGGACCACCAUACAUUCCAGAGUCGCCGCCAUCUCACUUCAGACCGGGAAUUCGACCUAACAGACCGCCGGGAAUACCCACAGACCCACCACCAAAACCUAGUUUGGACGAGUACGAGGCACAGUUUGAUAACGAGUUCCUACAACCACCUAAACCUGGAGGAUUUGGCCAGCCCCGUCACUGGCCAGUCUCCUAUCUGCACAAAGAAAUGCCGCCUAACGCAACUGCUUCAUCACCAAAGAAAAUGGAUAUGAAGGUGGAGGACACGAAUCCCAAAUAUGCUGCCAUACAAAAUUUAAUUAACGUGAUCAAAGCCAAUGACCUUAACAACGUCCAGUAUCAUAUAUCCAACGAAUCGAACAAACAAGACGACAUAUUAUUCGUUAAAAUACCAUUACCAACUAACUUUACCAAAGAAAGUAGAUCUCAGAAAAACGUCUUGUCUAGUAAUACUUCAGUAAAUCUGGAACCGGUAAAUGUGCGAGAGGAUUUAAGUAACAAUCGGAACUCUCGUGCACAGAAGGUGCCAAAAUUUGAGAGCACGAGUUAUAGACCGGAUAGCAUUAAAUGGAAUCAACCAUCGUCAUUUAGAAGGGGAUUCAUUGAACGAACUAACAUUACUAAUCGUGAAACAAGACAGGGAAGAUCUUUUAGAUUUUAGACGAUAUAGUUUAAGUACUUUAGUGUAGUGUAAUUAUUUAAUUGCUUUUAUAAUAAAGAUUUUCUAUUGA